GGAGAGGGUUGGUGAGGCGGAGCGGCAGCACGGGCCCCUAGGAUCACAUAACAAAGUGGACGUUAUUACCGGGGAGAGAACACACCGAGCCGGAGGGGCCCUCGACGGACUAAACCCAAAGGUGGAAUUAACAUUAAAACCAAAGAGAAAGACGGUGGAUUGGAGCGACCCAUCCCGGGCGGAGAGGAGGAAGAGGGGGCGUAGAGGUUUCUGUGUCAGCCGAUGGACCGAGCGGACUGAUGAAUGAAGACUGCCUACACUAACGCCUACCGAUGCCUGGCCAAGGACCUGGACGCGUACGCUAUGAACGCGGAGAUGACGAUGGACAACAUCGCAGGUCUGCAUGGCGGGGUGAGCGUGGGGGUGGCGGCCCAUGAGGCGGACAUGAUGAGCGGACACAGCCCCCACCAGGGCCGGGGGGUCUCGGCAGGGGCACCAGGGGGGGCUGUGUCCGCUGCGUCCAGUCUACGGUUACACCAGGACCUCGCCUCGCGCUCCGCCAUGGUGUCCAGCAUGGCCACCAUCCUGGACGGCUCCGGGGACUACCGGCCGGAGCUAUCGCUGCAGCCGCUGCACCACGCCAUGAGCAUGCCGUGCGACACCUCUCCGUCGGGGAUGGGGAUGAGCGGGACGUACACCACCCUCACGCCGCUGCAGCCCCUUCCCCCGAUCUCCACCGUCUCGGAUAAAUUCCACCACGCGCACCACCACCACCACCACGCGCACCACCAGCACCAGCGCCUGUCCGGGAACGUCAGCGGGAGCUUCACCCUGAUGCGGGACGACCGGGGGCUGCCGACAAUGAACAACAUCUACAACCCCUACAAGGACCCCAUGUCCGGGAUGGGUCAGAGCCUCUCCCCGGUGCUAGGCUCUAUCCACAACACCCAGCAGGCGCUCCACUACGGCCCCGCGACGCACGCAGCGGGGCACGACAAGAUGCUGGCCGCCGCCGCCAACUUCGACGCCCACCACACCGCCACCAUGCUGGCCCGGGGAGACCCCCACCAGCAUCGGGGCCUGGCGGGCCCCCCGGCCGGCAUGAUGCCGCACUUAAACGGGAUGCACCACUCUGGCUCGGUGGGCCACCACCCCCAGCUGCAGUCCCCCUCCCACGGGCAGGUGUUGAGCUCCAGUCGGGAGAGACCCCCCUCUUCCUCGGGGUCACAGGGGGGGAACGGCUCGGGCCAGCUGGAGGAGAUCAACACCAAGGAGGUGGCACAAAGGAUCACGGCGGAGCUGAAGCGCUACAGCAUCCCGCAAGCCAUCUUCGCCCAGCGGGUGCUUUGUCGCUCCCAGGGAACCCUCUCCGACCUCUUGCGGAACCCCAAGCCCUGGAGUAAGCUCAAGUCCGGCCGGGAGACUUUCCGGCGGAUGUGGAAGUGGCUCCAAGAGCCCGAAUUCCAGCGGAUGUCUGCCCUUCGGCUAGCAGCCUGCAAAAGAAAGGAGCUGGACCCAAGCAAAGACCGCCACAACACACCAAAGAAGUCCCGGCUGGUGUUCACCGACCUGCAGCGGCGCACCCUGCUGGCCAUCUUCAAGGAGAACAAGCGUCCGUCUAAGGAGAUGCAGCUGACCAUCUCCCAGCAGCUGGGCCUGGAGCUCACCACCGUCAGCAACUUCUUCAUGAACGCCCGGCGCCGCAGCCUGGACAAGUGGAUGGACGAGGGCUGCAGCCCCGGGGGCAUGUCCUCCGCCUCCAGCACCUGUACCAAAGCUUAG